AUGGGUGACAUUGAAGAAUAUGGUUUCAUAAAAAAAUACGACCAUGUUGGUAUAAAACCUAACGAUUGUCUUACGAUUAUAUACACAAGCGGAAGUUCAGGCUUUCCGAAAGGUGCUAUAAUUUCUGAACAAGCUUAUCGAGAAACAUUUCCAAAUUGGUUUACAACAUAUUUAGUUGAACGAAUAUCAUUCUCUUAUCGAUCAUUAGCAUGGGCAGCUGAUCGAGAUAUGGUUAUUGGAACUUUUCUUACUGGAGGACGUACUGGAUUCUCAACAGGAGAUAUUAGUCGUCUAAUGGAAGAAUUAGCUCUUGUUGGUCCAACACAAUUUUCUGCUCCACCAAGUAUUUGGAACAAAAUCUAUGCUGAAUUCAAGACAGCUCUUUCAUUGAUCAAUGCUCAUCAUUCAAAAGAAACUAGAGCAGUAGAAGAACUACGUCUAUUGAAAGAAUUUUCAAAACUGAUUCCAAACAGAUGUAAAUCACUUACAGUUGGCAGUGCUAAAGUUAGCCCAAACGUGUUGAACUUUAUGAAGCGAUGUUUUUCAGGUUGUCAAAUUAAUGAAUCAUACGGAAUCACGGAGUGUGGAAGUGUAGCUUAUAACUAUAUUGUAGAAGGUACAAUUAAAUAUCGUCUCGAAUCUGUUCCAGAAAUGAGUUAUACAAUUGAUGAUAAACCUUUUCCACGAGGAGAAAUUUUGACAAAAACUACACAAAUGUUUUCUGGAUAUAUCAACAAUCCAGAAGAAACUCGAGCAGUUCUUACCGAUGAUGGAUUCUUUCGUACGGGUGAUAUUGUUGAAUUGCGUACAGAUUCAAAUGGUCAAACUGAUUUACAUGUUAUCGAUCGUAAAAAAAGUUUCUUUAAACUUUCACAAGGACAAUUUAUAUCACCUGAAUUUCUUCAAAAUAUUUACAUUCGAAGUCCUUUCGUCGAACAAAUCUAUAUUCAUGGUGAUCUUUUAUCAGAUUGUGUUGCUGCAGUAGUGGUACCUAACCGAGCAUACGUACAAGCAUUUGUACUUGAGCAUAACUUGACAAACUUCGAUACCAAUAAUCCAGAUCCAAAAUUGUGUGAUGCAAUUCUACAAGAUCUUCGUUCAAUAGCCAAAAGCGAAUCACUUCGAAUACAUGAAAUUCCAUCACGACUAAUUAUUGAUUUCGAACCAUUCACACCAGAAAAUGGUCUUCUUACUUCUUCGUUUAAACCUUGUCGUCAUAAACUAGCUGCACAUUAUGCAGAUAGACUAAAAUCAAUUAAUACUAUUGAUCAACGACUAAAAACCAUUAUUGAAAUGGCAGCAGAACAAUCGAUACUAAACGAUGAAGAUGAGCAUUUCUUAAUUGCAAAUGGUAGUAAUUCAUUGACAGCCAUACGAUUAUCUCGUAUGAUCGAAAAUAAUCUUGGAGUAUCUGUACCAAUGAGUGUACUCUUUGAACCCACAAUGACUCUUCAACGAUUAACAAAUCUUAUCAAAGAUCCUUCUCAAAUUUCUUCGAUGACUAAUUCUAUUGUACCACAAAUGUUGAAGGAUUCUCAAUUGGAUUUAAACAUCACCGUAGGAAGACGUAAGAAUACAAGUCAGUCUCCUUCAGUGAUUUUCAUUACUGGAACAACAGGAUUUGUAGGUGCAUUUCUACUAGCUGAAUUAUUAAAGAUUUAUCCUUCAAGUUGUAAAUUUGUUUGCCUUGUACGAUGCGAGUCUCUAGUAAAUCCUUUGGAUCGUAUUCGAGAAAAUAUGAUCUUCUAUCAGAUAUGGAAAGAAGACUAUCACGAACGCAUUAUUCCAUUACGAGGUGAUUUAGCAAAACCUUAUUUUGGGUUAAGCAAUGAAACAUAUGAAUCAUUGGCUAAUCAAAUUGAUAUGAUCUUUCAUUGUGGUGCUACAGUUAAUUUUGUAUUUCCUUACAGCAAGCUCUAUGGUCCAAAUGUAUGUGGUACUCGAGAAAUUAUUCGCCUGGCAACACAUACUUCAACUUGUAUACCUGUUCAAUAUAUUUCAACGAUAAGCGUUCUAUCAUCUGGAUUUAAUCAAGAAUUAUCAAUUGAUGAGAUCCCUCCAGACGGUUUGGUCAGUGGUUAUGCACAAAGUAAAUGGGUAGCAGAAAAACUAAUUACUAAGGCAAGUCAAUUAGGUCUCCCAGUAGUUAUUUAUCGUCUUGGAUCAAUAUGUGCCGCUACUGAGACAGGUGCAUGUAACCGAAAUGAUAUUCAUACUUUACUUGUUGCUGCAAUAAUAAAGAUAAGUUGUUAUCGUGAGACGGAAAUUAAUACUCAUUUUAAUGGUUUACCAGUCGAUUUUACUGCUAAAAGUAUUGUUUAUUUGAGUAGCAUUCAACCUGAGGUAUAUGGAAACGUCUAUCAUGUUCUUAAUCUAGAUAGUGAAGUGCCAUUUAAAUGUAUUAUUGAUGAUAUUCGUCGGUGUGGUAUUCAAUUAAACAAUGUCUCUGAUGAAGAAUGGCAAGUCAAAUUGAAGACAAUUACUGAUCGAGAUGGUCUUUUUGAAUCUGUAGAAGGGUUCUUGUUAGAAAAUACUUCUAACAAAGGAUGUAUACUUUCUGCUAGCAAUUUUAAAAACGCUAUUUCUUCGCUGAAUUUUCUAUCUUUAGAUAAAGAUUAUGUGUUUAAAUGGUUGAAUUUUAUACUUCAUCAUAUAGUUCGCUAA